AUGGCUAUCAACACGGAUGCUGCCUUUGGGAAAAGCGCGCUCGGCGAGAGGGACGUUUCCAAUCCCACCGAUUUCCAGGACACCGAGAAGCUGCUGAGCGCUGCGACCACCGAGCCCACCGGGCAGAGCAACGUCAAGCCGUCCGACUCCUUCUCCCUCAACAUCAGAGGGAGCGUCCGGUCCCUGGAUGCGGAACAGAACGGACACAGAUCGCCGUUGAAGUCGGGUUCCAUCGGGUACCUGUCGACCCCACCCAGAUCCCUGUCCCGGCUCAGCCUGGGCCCGCUGCCCUCCCCGGUGCCGCCCGGCUCCGUGCCGCCGAGUUACCUCUGGCUCGCCGUGCUGUCCUGCUUCUGCCCCGCCGUGCCGCUCAACAUAUGUGCCUUGUGGUAUGCGAAUGUGUCGAGGUCUGUUCUCCAUACAGGAGACAUUGAAGGAGCAAGGAAGUACGGGCGUCUGUCUAUGCUGCUCAGCUGUCUGGCGAUGUUGCUGGGUGUGGCUGUCAUCAUCUUCAUAGUGCUUACAAUAGAGAUCCAGAAGUGA